AUGAUAAUUUGUGGGUAUACCAAUGCCAAAAGAAAAGAAGGUUCGCAGCAUGUACUGACCCCAGCGCCCUCAGAUAUCAAAACCAACUACAUCGGGAUACACUACCACGAUAUUCCAAAAGACCGUGAUGUCAAGACGGGGUUCAUUUGGAACUAUGUCAACCAGCUGGUCUACAAUCCCGCCUUGACCGUCGUCAAGCUGUCCAUCUUGUUUCUCCUGCGUAGGCUUGAAUCUCAGUCGCGCGUGGUUAACGGCCUGAUCUGGGGCGCCAUGGCUUUCAUCGUCGGGCUCUUCAUCGCGACACUAUUCGUUGAUAUCUUCCAAUGUCGUCCAAUCGCCUAUGUCUAUGAUAUGUCGAUUCCAGGCGGCACGUGCAUUGACCAAGGCGGCUUCUACGUGUCGACUGCGGCGCUUAAUCUGCUCACGGACCUGGUGGUGCUGUCAAUUCCCAUCAUUAUCACGUGGAGCCUGCAGAUGCCCCUGCGACGGAAGAUUGCCGUCUGCGUCAUCCUAUGCCUGGGUGGAGUUGCAACCGCCAUCGGCGUCUGGCGCAUCGUCAUCCUCGCCCAGGUUUUCCUCACCCACAAAGUCAACCUCGACCCAACCUACAACAUCGGCUUCUGCAGCUCCGCCAUCGAAGUCAACGUCGCCGUGAUCACCGCCUGCGGCCCCUCCAUGAAAGCCAUUGCCAGCCGAUACCUCCCCCGUCUCCUCGGCACAUCCCGCCGUGAAACCUCCAGCUACGCCAUCGGCACCAGCGGCUCGCGCGGGCGAUUCCCUGGCUCGAAGCUAUUUACGAGCAACAUGUCGCCGCUGCACUGCAACGCGGACGACGGAUACGAGAUGGCGGACCGAAUGCUGGGAAUACUUCCGAGUAUUAGCAGUGGUAGUGAGAAUGGGGUUGCGGGAAUUGUUAAGACGAUGGAUGUGUCGGUAAAGUAUACUGUUGGUGAAGUGACCCCCGAUAAUCUGUCGCGGGAUGGGAAGCAUGCCAGUUUCGAUAGUUUGGUGUAG